AUGUUCUUCUUAUUUGAGAAAAUUGAAGAUUUUGGAAAACAAAAAAAACCUAUUUCCACGUACCUGAUGUACGCGAUUCCAUUAUUUGCCCUUUGUUUAUGCGUGCUUGCUAUGUUCGUCUUUACUCAAGUUUUCCAAUUUUUCUUAACAAUCAUGGCCGUUCAAAAAUUCUUUCUCUAUUUCUACCCAUCCUCUCAAAAAUACAUAGUUUUAUCUAGCAAGAACAUGCACUAUUUCGUUCGAUAUGUCUACUACUUGUUCAUUUCUAAAGACGUUAUCGGCAGAAUUUUAUUAUUUUUUUAA